AUGUUGUACAAUGAGAGGCCAUCAUAUAGGCAAGAAGACGGACCCGGCUACAUAUGGUACUCGAGGUCGACCGAAGAGUGGAAUGUCGGUAUUGGAAAAGGUGCAUCGAGUGUGGCCAUCCGUGUUAGCGAUUCUCUUGCGGAGACUCCAGACAAGGUCACAAAAAAGUGGAAGGAGUUCGAUGGCAAUAAGUUUCUUGUAAACAAAACCAUUCAAGCGUAUGGAAAGGAAAAAUGCUUUCAUCGAGAGCUCAACAAAGGUCUUGCGUAG